UGUAAAUAGGGCGUGGUCAAUAAGGGGCGUGCCCAAUAAAUUCCUAAUGCCAAUGUCUAGUUCUAAAAGGCCAUGGACAUGAAAUUUCCUCACAGUUUCUCUAAGAUGGCCAACUAUUACAGACGUAAAAAGGAUGCGGUGUUCCACAAUGCCAAGCCGAUCAACAGUGGCAAUGCCCAGGCCUAUCUAUACGGAGUGCGGAAGUACUCCAUUGGGCUGGCCGAGCGCUUGGACGCUGACUACCAGCCGCCUCCAAGUGACAGGAAAAAGAGCUCGGAUAGCACUGGCUCCAACAAUCCAGAAUUUACGCCAAGCGUUUUCUACAGGAACAUUGCUCCUGUGAAUUGGUUUCUGCGUAUCAUUGGUGUUCUACCCAUCGUCCGACGUGGUCCGGCCCGAGCCAAGUUCGAAAUGAGCUCGGCCUCGUUUGUCUACUCUGUGGUUUUCUUCAUGCUGCUGGCGUGCUAUGUCGGUUAUGUGGCCAACAAUCGCAUCCACAUCGUACGCUCGCUAAGCGGCCCUUUCGAGGAGGCGGUGAUUGCCUAUCUGUUUCUUGUCAACAUUUUGCCGAUUAUGGUUAUACCGAUACUGUGGUGGGAGGCCAGGAAGAUUGCCAAGUUAUUCAACGACUGGGAUGACUUCGAAGUGCUGUACUAUCAGAUCUCUGGGCACAGUCUGCCGCUCCGUCUGCGCCAAAAAGCCCUGUACAUUGCCAUUGUGUUGCCCAUUCUCUCGGUGCUGUCGGUGGUGAUUACCCACAUAACCAUGUCGGACUUAAACAUCAAUCAGGUGGUGCCCUACUGCAUUCUGGACAACCUGACGGCCAUGCUGGGCGCUUGGUGGUUCCUAAUUUGCGAGGCCAUGAGCACCACGGCUCACCUUCUGGCGGAGCGGUUCCAGAAGGCCCUCAAACACAUUGGUCCUGCCGCGAUGGUGGCCGAUUACCGAGUGCUCUGGCUGCGACUGAGCAAACUCACCCGGGAUACGGGCAAUGCCAUGUGCUAUACGUUUGUCUUUAUGAGCCUGUACUUGUUUUUCAUCAUCACGCUGUCUAUUUACGGCCUGAUGUCGCAGCUCUCGGAGGGAUUCGGCAUCAAGGAUAUAGGACUCACAAUCACGGCUCUCUGGAACAUUGGUCUGCUCUUCUACAUCUGCGACGAGGCUCAUUAUGCCUCGGUUAAUGUGCGCACCAAUUUCCAAAAGAAACUUCUCAUGGUGGAGCUCAAUUGGAUGAACUCGGAUGCCCAGACGGAGAUCAAUAUGUUUCUCCGUGCCACCGAAAUGAAUCCCUCGACCAUCAACUGCGGUGGUUUCUUCGAUGUAAACAGGAGUUUGUUCAAGGGCUUGCUCACCACAAUGGUUACCUAUCUGGUGGUGCUGCUGCAGUUCCAGAUAAGUAUUCCCACGGACAAGGGAGACUCCGAUGGCGGCACAAAUAUCACCGUGGUGGACAUGCUCAUGGACAGUCUCGGCAAUGAUAUGACUAUAUUGAGCGCCUCGAGCUCCACUACCACCCAUUCUACAGCCACAUCAAGCACAACCCCGCCACCGGCAAGCGCCAAGCAUGGUCGUGGUCAUAGGGGAUAAGAUAUACAUAUACAUAUA